GCAACAGGUCGGCGGUCGGCUCCAAGAUUACAAUUAAGGCGUUUCAUUUCUUGUGUCAUUUUCUGAAGCAUGGCGACACGCGACUACAGAGUCGCAAAAUCUUUGUAGCCGUUAUGCUUGUCCUCUGUCUUGUAUCUUUAGAGCUGCCACAGCCACUAACUCUGUUCGUCAUUAUUGAUGGGCAUUGUUCAACACUAGAACGAAAAUGAAUAUUCUUCUGUCGUUGUACAUUCCAUGUUUAAUACACUCUCGCCUUACAUCUACAGGUACAGCUAGGGUUAAGAAAAUUUCGAUAUGAGUUCGUUGUGUACUUCCAUUUCCACCACCACCGCCGCCGCGUCCGCACGACGCGGCCCUCGUCUAAUAUCCGGGCGUGUGUCUAGCUCUGUUUGACAAGCUCGUGGAGACAAGUUCACAGGUGCUGACAUUAAGGCUACAAGAAAUCUCCCAUUUUCAGAGGCAUCUUGGUCCUCCCGUUUUUUUUUGAAGGGACGAAAAGGAGACCCAACAGGAUGCCGCUGAAGAUGGACCUUACUUGGUUCUAACGACAGACGAACAGCUGGAAGAGAUUGUCGGAAAAUGUCCUCUGGAUGAAAAAACGGACGAGGAAUUUAAUCAAAUGUUAUGGCUUGUCGUGUCAAGAUUUUACUUAAUUUCUUGAAUAGUACUGCUUUGAGCUUAUGCUCCUUUUCUACGCAUGAGGUAAGGUGUUCCUGGCGAUCUUCAUUAAUCUCUAUCUCCCUCAUAGCCUACGUGUAUCCCUACACGCAACUUAGCUGGUUUUACUUAUUUUUCCCUCCUAGUUGGCUGUUGGUGUUGACAGUAAGUGCGGGAAGCGUGAGGUAAGCGGAUUUGAUAGGUGUACAGCUAGAGCAUGUUCACGCACUGAGUUCUCUGCUUCAACAAAGCUUAACUUCGUGGAUAGUAGAGCCGGCACUGCCACUGGCUCAUUCUCUUUCUGUAGACGUGAACGUAGAAGGUAGGUGUGAAUGUUGCUUAGCUAUUAUCAUUGUUCGUAGCUAACCGAUAUCCUAGAUUGGUUUCAUGACUGCUGUAUUUUCAUUCCUUUUAGUUAUUUUACUAGAAACUAUGUUGUAUUUCGUAAGAGUCAAUGAACUACAUGAGAAGAUGCUCGCCUCUGGCUGCCACUGCCAUCACAACGCCUUGUACGAUUACUAUCAGGAAACAUCAAACUUCUUCUAAGGUAUCUUGAUAUCUGUCUUGAGGAAUACACGCGGGCUCGUGAAGAAAGCAGAUCAAACUGGGUUGCUAGAAAAAAUUAUGGCACCCACUAUGAUGCAGGAGGUGGCGCACUCUUUUCCUACACUCUGCCGCCCACAGGGAAAUUGUACUUGUAGAUGUAGAAGGACAUGGAUAGUAGUCCAUAUGAUGAUCAUCAUGAAUCAGUAGAACAUGGUUCAUCAAGGUAGCAAAACAAGUGAAUGAAAACAAAAUCCGAAUCUCGUCCAUCUUGUGUCUGAUCAUGUUAACUGGAAUUUUGAGUUGACAACCUCUAAUACAAAGCGCAGUUGGAGAAGCAACAAGCAGACGCAGCUUCAGAUCCGCAGCGCGCCAAUUAUGGAAUCAUUGAAAAAUAGUCAAUGAUGUAGAUGUUCGUACUACGUUGUGUACGUUUUCUAGAUUGAUUUUCUUGAUGUACGGCAAUGUAAUGUUCGUUCAAUGCCAUAUAUUGAUCUCUGUAUACCAUUAUCGCCUUUUUGUUUCUAUUUCGGCACUUUCCAGUUCCACUUCCAGUAUUAUAUAGCAGGAUUAGAAUCUGAAUCCUGAGAGUGAGAAAAGCAAAUGUUGACACGCCCUCAUUUUUUUCUAAUACUAUGCCGCGGUUACCUCAGCGAGUAUUUUGCUUGAGCUUGACAAGGCCGUGGAUGAGGAGAUAUGGCAGCCGCGCCGUCUUUUUCUGCGGCAGUGUGUGGAGGAUCUUCGGAAGGUUCUAGUCUAAGGUAUAUACUCAGAAUCUCAAGCGCUUCAACAUGCAAUGGAACGACGUCUUGAGUUUUCUUGUUGGGGUAAUGGGUUCUUGGAGGUGAUUCUAUUCCUAGAAGUCAUCCACAUCCAGUGUGGAAAAUCCGUCGAGACGCGCUUAAGUAGUUUUCCAAUGUUGGGUACUAGGCAAGUGCGAAAACAAAUUCCUUAUCUUCAUGUUGACAUCACGCCUAUAUUUAUAUAUCCUUAUCGAAAGACGCAUUAUUCUGAGAAUCCAAGAUUACAGGCUUUCAGCCACCCUUGGAAGAUGUGAGGCGUGACUGCGUAUUUCAAUUGGAAGAUGUGAAGCGUGACUGCGUAUCUCAACAAGGAUGGAUCAUAAAGGAUUUCUCUCUCAUGCGCGUUCGACGUGCUGGACAAUUGAAGAGUAAGUACUCUGUAUGAAAGCGAAACUGGUUUUCGCGUCCGCAAUUACUACAGUGACAACGAAAAUCAGUAUCCGUAAUUGUCGUGAGGAAGAGGUAAAAAAAAUGGUGAUGCUGAUGACCAAGAACUACAUGAUAAAUUCCUCUUUGUGCCUGCCUGCCGCAUUGGUGUCUGCUGUAC